AUGGGUGCUGGGCGUGAGCCGGGGCGGGCAGAGGCGACGUGGCGCGGCAUGGCGGCCUGGGCGCACUGGUGCACACAGAGCAGGGCGUGGGCGACGACAGAGCAGGAGAACAGCAAGAAGCUGAAAAAGCCUAAGGCUUGGAAGCAUACUCAACCAAUUACACCAGCACAACUCAAACAGAUGCGUGAUGAAUUCUGGGACACGGCUCCACACUAUGGUGGCCAAAAAGAGAUUUGGGAUGCUCUAAGAGUUGCCGCAGAAUCUGAUUUAGCCCUUGCACAAACCAUAGUGGACAGUGCUGGAAUCAUCAUUUCAAAUCCUAACAUGACGCUUUGCUACGACGAGAGAGGUGCCAAGUACGAACUGCCAAAGUAUGUUUUGAGCGAGCCAGCAAACUUGAUCCGCGACGGGUGA